UUCGUCUACUAGGAAGAAGCCCAUGACAUAGGACAGUUAUGACAGAAGCAUGAGUCAAGACACAACCCCCAGCAAAGAAAAGGGACACGCCCUCCUACUCCGAAAGGGAUCUCACUCCAAGAUGGCUCUUAAGGAAAAGAUUGUUCAGAUAUAUGAAGCUUUCUUCCAGGGAGAAGAUCCAUCACGAGGAAAUGCCAAUUUCUGGGAUGAGCUGUUUCUUUUAAAGGUGAACACCAACUACGUGGAGAAUGAGAUCGAGAAGCUGAGUGGCGAGGGUCUGCUCAGUCUGAAGGACAACCUGAACAUGCUGUUCUACCACUGUGUGGAGGCUCUAGCCCAGGACAACCUCAUCAGGGUCGUCAAUGCAUUACAUACACUGUGUGCGCUGAUACGGGGUAUAUUUCGGAAGAGUCUUGGCAACUAUGGAUUCGAUGUCAUCAACCUCCUGAUUGGGUUUGAUUCAGCUGAGUCUGUCAUGCAGUCUUUGAUUGAAAACCUGAACCGGUUCCUGACUGGCGACUAUCCCGCCAGUGUCAAACAGCUGGUGCUCAAGUUCCUUCUGGUGCUCAUUACGGCCACUGACAACAUCAGCCAGAACACCAUGCUGGAGUACAUCCUCAUCAACAGCGUCUUCGAGUCCAUCAUCCAGAUUCUGGGGAAUCCCCUACUACGCAUGUCGCUGGGCCAUGAUGCGAUCCUCGUCCUCACACUGCUGGUUCAGUACAGGAAACACGAGUCCGCCAACCCAUAUAUUGUCAAGCUGUCAAUUUUAGAUGAUGAGUUAGCAUUAACGGGGUAUGCUCAAAUUGUGUCAUCAUUACUGUCAGACUUCAACAGGAAUUACCAAGUACAGAUGUCCGAGCCACAGUCAGGAUGGUUUUCAGCCUUUGCUAAUAUGGUGGGCAAUAUGUUUGUGGCAGAGGAGAAGAAAACAGAAAUCAUGAGAGCUAAUGACUCCAUACUUAUGGCACUGUAUGAAGCCAUUCACCUGAACAGGAACUUCAUCACCGCCUUAACACAUGCUCACACUCCAUCAUCGCCUGCAACUCCCCCAUCCUCCCCCGUCACUACAACAUCACCAGUGUUGGACAACCAAGGUGGCCAAGUGGAGAAUGUGAAUGAAGUGGCCACAGCGACACAGCCGACCAAUCUCCUGGUCACCUUCCUGGAAUACAGCUCAAUCAUCUUCCAGGACACCAAGGAUACAGCGCGGUACAACAAUGCUAAACUCUGCAUAGUCAUACUCACCUGUAUAGCCGAGGAUCAGUACGCCAACUCCCUCAUGCAUGACGUCAACAUGACCUUCCGUGUGCCUCUACACAGACUGCCGAUGCGGCACCGGAAAGUGAAAGCGGACAGGACGAUGAUUCUUCGCCCCUUGGUGUGCUCAUUGCUAGAUUUAUUGGUGGAGUUCGUCAUGAGCCACAUGAUGAAAACUUUCCCCAUGGAACUUUACCUGCGGUGUCUGGGCAUCAUCCACCGGGUGCUGUGUUACCAGAAGCGAUGCCGUGUGCGGAUACAGCAUCCUUGGAAGGAGAUGUGGACAGCUCUCAUCAACCUCCUGAAGUUCAUUAUGUCUCAUGAGUCGCAGCUUGUAAAAAAACAUAACAUCUUUCAUCUUUGUUCUAAGGUUGUAAAUGUGUUCAACUUGUUCAUCACCUAUGGGGAUACGUUUCUACCCAACCCCAACAGCUACGAUGAGUUGUACUACGAACUGGUCCGCAUGCAUCAAGUCUUUGACAACCUCUACUCCAUGGCACUACGUUACACCACCAAUGACAGUGAGCACAGGGAUUCAGCAGCCAGACUCACCAACCAUCUUGUGAAUGUCAGAGCUAUCAUCAACCACUUUACACCAAAAGUAGAUUCCUGGGCCGCUGCCAACCAUUUGUCCUCCCUCACAGAAGAGCAGGUGCUGGAGGUUGUGAAGAGUAACUACGACACGCUGACGCUCAAACUGCAGGACAGUCUGGAUCAGUACGAGAGGUACUCUGAGAAACCAAAAGAAACCAGCUUCUUCACACAACUGGUCCGUCUGAUCAUCUGUGACGUGAGACGCGGUGUGUCCAACUUGGCAGGUCACCAGCAGGACGUCCUCCACGAACUGUCCACCCUGUCCUAGCAACAGGUGCUGGGAUACAGGCUCCAGAUGCAGCAGGAAGACUGGAGUCUAGAUGCUGUUGAUUGCCAGGUUCCUGUUGCCAGACUUUACAUAUUACUCAUUCUCACAACAGCAUUACACGGUUCCUGGAGACUGCCACAGGGUUAUACAGCUGUCCUCGCACUGGCCAUGGCAUCCUGUUUUACUGUUAUUGUGUGGAUUAAUGCAAGGCUUAGUUCACUAUCAAAGCUUGGUUGAAACGUCAGAACUUUAUUAUAUCAAUGGAGAAAGGUAAACGUGGGCUAACGUUAACAGUGAAAAUGUACUGUUCGAUGAUUGGACAAGAUGUUUGAAAUCCUUUGAGAGUUCUUGCAGUGAAGAUGUUGCAUUGUGAAGGAAAGCUCUGUGGAUGUGAUCAAGGUUCUGGGCGUCAGGAUGCAACAGAGAUUACCUGUGUAACUUGUGGCAUCAUGGAUUCAAACUCAGUCUUGAGUAAAACCUCGGAGAUGUUCUGUACACAGCAGAUACAAGCUAUUCUAAUACUUAAGGAUAAUAAUAUGGACUGCCAGAGAAGAAAUAGUCCACAUGCAAUUAUGGCAAGUUAAGCUGAUCAGAUUAAUUUUGUAGCAAGCAAAACUGGUCAGUUUAAAUUUGUAGCAAGCAGAACUGGACAGCUUUAACUUAUAACAAGCAAACCUGGUCAGCAUGGACUGUUAAAUAUAAACAGUUAGAUAUACCUCCAAUUUGCGGCCAAUGAGGAUGGCUCAAAGACACUUGCUGAAGAACUGGAAUAUUGAGCUUGUUUGUGGAACGGAUGGAUCCAAGUUUUCUGCCUCACCGAAAAAAGGGCCAGACCUGGCUGUUGUACCUCGACUCCAGGGGAACACGAGUGGCUCACACAGACUGAAACUGAUCCUGUUGAUCAGGAACGAUGGAGUUUGUUUACUGGUCCUAGCAGACAUAGGAAGACUUGUGUAAAGAGGCUUGUUAUGUUACCAUGACAACAAGUGUGUCUGUUAUGAUACAAGUACAAAGUACUUCGCAUGAACUGUACUGUUUGUGUAUUGAUGCUGGGGAACACACCUGGCCACACCUGGGUCAGGACAUGUCAGGACAUGAAGGGUUUGUGAUGGUAUAUUGGUGUAUGAACGUGGGAACAUGACAAGGGGAAGUCAUGUUUGUCGUGGUCCGAUUUUGUUAUAGUGAAUAAAGAUGUUGUUGUAUUUGUGGGAGUGACACGUUGUCUGGUGUGUUCACACUUGUACCAGUGUAGGGAUGCAGUAUAGAUCCUAGAGGUGUAGCGAUAUGGUGGGGUAUCGAUAACAUACGGUAUGUAUACUAUGGGUGUGAUAUGAUUCGUAUUCCCCAACACUUUUACUUCACAAGUUGAUAGUCUUUCAUUUUGCAGGUGAA